CACAAAAUCACUGCCUUUUUUGAAACACGGCCUUGAAGGUCAAAUAGCUUUGCAAUCAUUGUCACAUUGGCCUCGACAACUGUCGAAUUCAACCUAAAGCGUGAUGUCCUUGAGUUGUCUUGAUGAUAGUCGGUGGUUGUCUGCAGUACUCCCAGACGCAAAUCAAACACAAUCUCAUGCACUUUCACUUAUAUUAGAUCCUUUGGCUAAUGAACACUAUCAAUUGUUAUUGGGGGAACUUUCAGAAAUCAAACUAGUUGGUGGUAAUGGUCCUUUCCGUCUCGGUCAUAGAUGGCUAUUGUUUGUUGAUGUUGUGGGAAUAGUGCGCACUGUUUACGAACGCGAGAGAUUUUUUAUUGUUGAUUUGGACGAUGGGACUGGUUGUAUAACCUGCACAAUAUGGCGUCGUGGCUGUUCAAACCUUUUUAAUGUAUUAUCAACAACAAAAAAUUCAUUUGAUUUUGAACAGCAUUAUUUGUGUGAGCAACUUGUUAAGUUAUCAUGCAAGUCACAACCUAUUUCAUCUUCAGCUGAACAGUCGUCCAACUUACAUGUUGGCCAAAUAUUACAGCUUAGAGGUCGUUUGAAAUGCUUCCGUGGAAAGCUAAAGCUUAAUACUUAUUUCUGUCGUUCAAUCAAGGAGGAAAUUGAAUUGUUACAUCACAUAAUUCACAGGUACCGUUUACAGGAAGAAAUUUACUCAAAUCCAUAUGAUCCUGGUGUUGUCGCAGAAAAUAUAAAAAAAUCUCAUGUGGUUAAUUUAGCGAAUUCACUUGUAACAGAAUGUUGUAGAAUCCUAGUACAGGAUAAUGUCCAAUUGUUUACCAAAUUAGACUUAUGUUUACAUCCGAAAAUAGUUGAAUCUGUAACAGCAAACUGGAGAUCUUUGAUUAUGGCAUAUGAUGAAUCUGAAACGGAUUAUCUUCGACAAAGUUUCAUUGAAGUUGAUGAAGGUGAGCAGAGUAGUGCAGCUGAGAAUAAAGUACUCAAUCCUAAAAAGCUACAACUUAUAGUUGCAAGUUUGAUUGAACGAUUAUUAAUUGAGGGUUGGAUUUUUCCAGCUACUCAAUCUAUUGGGGGUAUGCGGACUUAUUAUUUUGUUCAAGAGAAUAAGAAAUUACUCGAUGCUGUUUAUGGGAUAAUUUUUUCUCAAGGCAUAAAUAAAGAAAUAUCACUGCAUAAUAUACUACACAGUAUUCGACAACGGUCGUUUCUUGAUAAUUUGCAAUUAACACGCAUAACCUUAAAUGCAUUAAAACAUUUAUUGAAUCAAUUGGAAUCCGAAAGUCGUGUAUAUCAAAGUAAUUUCGGUUGUUAUAGUGUAUCUUAAAUGUGUAAAAAAAUUGUUUGAACUUUAAUUAUGCGUACAGUACUUUUUUGACAGCAUUCUACUACCACUGUUUUACUAAACAUUCACAUGUUUAUAUGCACUUUACUCAUGAUGGUAUAUUAGCAGGCUUUAAAUUCAUUGUUAUAGUGUACAGAUCACAAAUAGAAUUAUUUGCUGUUCAAAAGUCUUCUCUCAUUUAUGUUUGUCGAUUCGAGCUUUAGACUAUAAAUACUAGUUGGCAUAUUCAUGACUCAAAU